UAUGCAAAUGCUAAUUUCAUUCCCGGUUUCUAUAAUUUUCAAUAAUGCCUUUAAGGAAGAAAAAUACAGCAUAUUCUUUCAAAAAAAAAAGAAGAAACUAGUAGAAAACAAAAAUAACAAAUAAUUCUGUGAAUUGUAAGUGUACGUGCGCGAACCUGGCGCCACUAGCAAGUUCAACUCCUAAACACUAAAAACUACAGCGUGUUUUCCGGUGACCGGCGGAAAUGGCGGCUGAGCUUCUGCCGACAGCAUUUUUUAAUGAAUCCCAGUUCAAGAAUAGUCGGAACUGGCUGAAUUAUUGUCCGAAACCUCGCGCUUCUGCAAAUUUCAGUUUAAGAGCUUCUCAAGAACCCCUCGACGAUGACAAGAAUAAGUUCUACAAAGAACUAGGAAUGUUUUCUUUGAGAAAGAGGAUAGAAGAUUCUGUUCUUCGUGCAGAGAUGUUGGCACCAACGGCGUUGGAAUUCGAAGAAGCUAAACAUGUUGAUCAAGAAGGAGUUGUCCGCGAAUAUGACUUGUGGGACGACCUCACUAAAUCUAAUGAAAUCCUCAUGAAACUGGCUGACAGUGCCAAGGCGGUUGACACACUGAGGGAUCUUACAUUUAAGGCAGAGGAAGCUAAGCUCAUCACAGAGCUUGCAGAGAUGGAUGCCAUCAAUUAUGAACUUUUCAAGCAAGCAUACACUGCUUCUUUAGAUGUAAACAAGUUUUUGGAUAAGUAUGAGAUGUCCAAGCUUCUGAAGGAGCCAUACGACGUGGAGGGAGCAUGCAUCACCAUUGAGUCGAGAUGUGGAGAUACAUGCUCUGAGAGAUGGGCGUCACAGCUGGUGCAGAUGUACAUGAAAUGGGCUGAGAGGCAGGGCUAUGCAGGGAGGAUAGUAGAGAGGUAUCCUUCAAACAACGGUCGACUGAAAUCUGCUUCUAUCGAGAUAGAAUUUAAAUUCGCAUAUGGAUAUCUAUCAGGGGAGAGAGGUGUGCACUCUCUGAUAAGGUGUUCAGACAGUACUUCUCUUCCUAAGGCUAGCCUGGCCUCUGUUGAUGUGAUUCCCCUAUUCAUCGACUCAUCUGCUGAUCUGUUAAUUGAUGACGAGGACAUACAAGUUUCGUACCCCUCCUACAACCCACAAACGAGUAGGGCUUCAUCGGCUGUUCACAUCCACCACAUACCAACAGGCCUACAAGUACAAUCUACAGGCGAGAGGAGUCGCUUUGCCAACAAGAUCAAGGCCCUCAACCGUUUGAAGGCUAAACUCCUCGUCCUUCUGAGGGACCAAGGCGUGUCUGGUGUGGAGAGCAUCAAGAGAGGCACUGCAACGGACAGGUGGAGUCGAGAGACACGAGAAUAUCUCUUCCAUCCCACGAAGCUCGUGCACGAUCUCAGGUCUGGUGCUCAGUUUGCUGAUGUGAACUCUGUUUUGAAUGGCAAUCUUGACCCUCUUAUUGCUGCCAACAUCACUUCCAGACAAUUUAAAUCUUGAUCACUAUACCUACAGUUUGAAAUUUUUAGUUAAAUCGAUAGUUUACAACUAGAAUGAUGUCCAAGUGUUGGGAAUUAUGUACCAUUUUCUGCAAUAUCAUGUGAUUAUAAUGUUAUUAUGAAGUGAUUCUAAAAAAAAAAUGUUAUUAUGAAGUGCAGGGGGGUGAUAUGAGUUUGAUCUGGACAAGAGAUAAGUCUAAUUUAUUGAUUUGUUUGUUUAUUAA